UCCCGUUUUAGUUGCAAAACCGAACGUUUUGAAACUGUUUGGACUAAUGAUUACACCCUUGGACUUCCAGUUCCGCUUACAGUUUUGUGCGUCGGAGAGCGAAAAUGGGAGUAGAAAUCGAGACCAUAACCCCGGGUGAUGGCCAGACAUUUCCCAAAAAAGGGCAGACAUGCGUUGUGCAUUAUGUCGGCUCACUGACUGAUGGAACCAAGUUCGACUCAUCCCGGGACAGAGGCAAGCCUUUCAAAUUCAAGAUUGGCAAGCAGGAGGUGAUCCGUGGCUGGGAGGAGGGGGUUGGCCAGAUGAGCGUGGGCCAGAGGGCGACCCUGACCUGCACGCCGGACUUCGCCUAUGGCAGCAAAGGGCACCCUGGCAUCAUCCCACCCAACUCUACACUGAUCUUUGAUGUGGAGCUGAUGGGCCUGGAGUGAAGCCUGUGUGCACUUGUUACGUGUUUAAUUCCACUCAGAUUUUCAGGGUUGACUCCUAUCUCGGGAACAUGGAGGAAAAGGCUAAAGGAAGAUUAAUGCACUUGACUCCUGUAAAAGACUGUCUAAUAGCUUCAGCACUUCACUCUCCUUUCCAUUUAGAUUCAAAUGUGUUUUUGUCGCUUGCUUAAUACCUUAUCCUUGAUCUAGCUUGUCGUAGGACACCCUAACAAGUCAUAGGCCAUACAUUUCAGAUAUCAUGUCAUUUUAUUCUGUUAUGUAUGUUUAUGUUAUUGUUUUUUUUUCUUAUUUUUUUUACUUCAAAUUUGUAAGUCAUGCCUGCCAUCAGGGGUAGGUACUGGCAACAUUUGGGAUAAAGUAUCAUUACACACAUUAAAUUUGAUCUAUUUCUUGUGGCUCUGUGAGUGGCCUUGCUUUAGAAACUUUUUUGAAAAUGUGGACAUAAGUGAUUUAAAAAUAUUUUAAAAAGACUACCUAAAUGGAUCAGGUAAUGUCAUUUGGAUUACAGAAGUUGACUUAAAUUAAUAUUAGUGAUGUUUUGAUGUAGAUUUUUUUCAGUUGCAUCAACUUUCUGUAUGAAACACUGAAUAGCAUGGCACACUGUUGGCAAGACCAUAUAUAUAUAUAUAUAUAUACAUAUAUAAAUGCGUAAUUAAAGGUCAUUAUUAUAGUACAGAACUCGCAGAGUAUGCUGACAAGUAUAGUUUCCUCUCAAGCAACAAAAUGGGUCAAUUUCCUAUGGUGUGUUUGAAUAAAAAAUAUCCUUUAACACCA